UCUCAUCUCCAUCAACCUUUCUCUCUCUAAAACAAACAGUUUUAAAAUUUUCCCGCCAACCGCCAUUAAAGCACCCCAUGAAACCCUCUCCACUCAAACUCAAACUCAAACUCACCACUAUGAACAACACGCGAUCUCUCUUUGCUCUCAUCUCACUCAUUUUCCUCUUCUUGUUAUCCUUUAACGGCGCCUCCCUCAGGAUUCCCUCACUCUCUCCGCCGCAAAAACUCGCCGGAGAUCCUUUCUACUCGCCGGAAUCACGCUUUUACAAUCCGCAUCUGCGUAAAUCUCCCACUUCCGAAAACUCGCCGGAAAAACUCGCCGGAGAUCCGUUCUAUUCGCCAGAAUCUCCGUUUUAUAAUCCGAUUCUUCGUAAAUCUCUCAGUUACCACAUCGAAUCGGAAAACUCUCCGGAAAACCGAAACAAAAAGCUCCUGAAGAUGUUAUCCGGCUUCGGAUCGUCACGGCGAGACGAUUUUCCGGCAAGAGUGAACGAAUUCUUCCACAAGAAAAACGAAACAUCUAGUUGCAAGAUCCGGUUCUUCAUGACGUGGAUAUCUUCAUCAAACUCGUUCAACAAACGCUCAAUUCAGUCGAUCGAAUCGGUAUUCAAAUCGCACCCAAACGCGUGUCUAUUAAUCAUCUCGAACUCGCUGGAUUCGAUCAAAGGACGACAGAUUCUUCAACCGUUUGUUGAAAAACGGUUUCGUGUGACGUCAAUUGCUCCGGAUUUUAGUUACCUAUUCAAGAACACGAUGGCGGAAUCGUGGUUUUCGAAGCUGAUUAGGGGUCAAGUUCAGGCCGGUAACGUUCCGUUAGGUCAGAACUUAUCGAACCUUGUUAGGCUGUGUUUGUUGUACAAAUACGGCGGCGUUUACAUCGACGCGGAUGUGAUCGUGUUGAACCGAUUCGACAAGGUGAAGAACGCGAUCGGAGCACAAACGAUCGAUCCGAAUUCCAAGAAAUGGACAAGGUUGAAUAAUGCAGUCAUGGUGUUCGACAAAAUGCAUCCCUUGGUUUAUAAGUUUAUUGAGGAGUUUGCGUUGACUUUUAAUGGAAACAAAUGGGGGCAUAAUGGUCCUUUCAUGGUUUCCAGAGUGGUUUCUAGGCUGCAAGGGAGGCCAGGAUACAAAUUUACUGUUUUGCCCCCGCCCGCGUUUUACCCCGUGAGUUGGGUCAACGUUCGGGCUCUCUUUCGUGGGCCAAAAAACGAGACUGAUUUGAGAUGGUCAACGGGGGUGUUUGAGCAGAUUAGGAACCAUAGUUACACCCUUCAUCUCUGGAACAAGCAAAGUAGAGGCUUUCGUGUUGAACAAGGGAGUGUUGUUAGCAAGAUUUUCUUGGAUACUUGUGUUUUUUGUAACGCGUCUCGAACCAACAGUACAAUCUAGUUUGUUUGACUUACUUUGUGUUUUUAGCGAUCGUUUGGGUUUGAUCAAGAAUUUGGUGUGAAUGAGAUGUAAUUUGAUUGAUUCUUGAAUCAUACUAUAAGUACCGACUGAUUUUGGAUUU